AUGGAAGCCACAAGUCGAUUUAGGAAGAAAACAGAAAAGGACGAAAACUACAGUAAAACAAUCAGCUCCCUCGGCGAGCGAGUCGAGGCAGUCAUCCGCCAAAAUAAUGCUAUUGACAUCUACGAAGAAUAUUUUACCGACGCUGGAAUCAUCCCCACCGUCGACGAGCCACCACGAGUAAGCACUGUAAAUCUUUUCCGCGAUCCUGCUGGAAAAGGCGCGCGAUCUGCAAUCAACAUUGCCUGGCAUCCGGAUGGGGGCAAACACGCCGCCGUCUCUUACGGCACCGUUGGUUUCCAGGCACCCGUGGUCGAUCUCCUUACGCGAGAAAGAAUGCCUUUUGACGAGUAA